CCAUUGGAGAAUUUUCAACAUAAAAUUCUUAGAGGAUGGUCCAUCGGGAAAAAUGCUUAAUUCUAUUGUGCUCAGCUCGUCGAGCUCUAUCGAUUGGGGUACCUCUCGUUAGCAUCUGUGAUUAACAUUUCGGAUAGUUCCCUCAUAAGUACAAAGACGAUAGACUGCUCUGCGUAGGAGACUUCAAUGCACAUUUUCAACCCUGGGCGAAAAGUGAUGUUCCGUCAACAAAAGAAGGAAUCUUGCUAGACGAAGUUCUUUGAUCUAUGAACUUAUCUCCACUUGUUUCUGGAGUCACUCGUUUUGCAUCUAAGACUUGUCUAGAUUUAGUUAUAACUAUGAAUUCAUUGUUCUUAAAAAAUGUAGUUAUUGAAUCACCUUUAAGUAACAGCGAUCAUAGUUUUAUAUUGUUUUUAGCAAGACCUGGUACAACCAAUGAACGUGUUGCUAAACAACAAAUUUCAACCGUUGAUAAUUUUACAUUGUCAAAUGCCAUAGCUGCUGUGCUCGCUGAGAAACUGUCUUAG